CAGCUGUCAUAAACACAGAGAACACGUCUGUCUUCCUCCCCCGCAAAGCAAAGAAAAAUAUCUCUGUAGUUGUGAUAACCCAGCGCUUUAAUGAGCUGAUCAUAUUCAGAGAAAGAAACGCUAGUUUAGAAUGCGAUCUUUCUGACCUUGCGUUGAACUGACUCUCUUGUUUUCCAAAACGACAAAUAGUUUAGAAAAUAGCAAACUUGUUUUGUUUUCUUUAGUUAAGGGUGGAUAACAGCUGAAGAAGUUUCACUCACAGAUUCGGGAAGGAGAGAGAGGUUUUAACAAAGAGAGGAACGAGCGAAAAAGGAAUUCUCCUCGCCGACAUGGCUGUAAAGGUACUACUAUUGUAUACAGAAUUUCUUAUCUUCCAGGACUUCAACAGUUUUAAUAGGUAUUGACCACUGAUUUUUUUAACAAGAGUGUUAGCUGCAGUCACGAAAGAUAAAAUGGCUUUUCAAAAACUAACAAGAAAAGAAGGGUGAAAAACAACCUUAGAUCAUAUCACAACCUCCCGCGCAUGUAUAAGCAUAUAAUUAUUUUCAUUCUGGUUUUUAAAGCGCAAUGUUUCCACAACAGGAAUAUGAAAUAAACUUAAUUUCUAAGAAACUCUUUUAGAGUAUAUUGGAACUCUGAAGCAUUUUCAUUUCAUGCAAAUUUAGUCGGUUUUUCCGUAGGUAAUUGCUAGUCAUUUUUUACAGGUUUUUUAAGAUGCUUUUUUGACACACCGAUAUUGUAAUGACCUUUUGUUUAUGGCAACAAUCUUCAAUGUUGUGCUCAAAUAUUUAUGUCAGUUUUUGUUAAAGGUCUAUCUUCUGGACUUAAAAGAUCAUGUUAGUUGUUCACUUUAAAUAAUACCACGUACUUUGAUAAAGUAAAAUGAUCGCCAGUGUUUUUUUCUUUGUUUUAAAUAUUUGGCAAACUGAUGUAAACUUCCAACAAUAUUUUCAAUCAGGCAGAUUACAUUUAUGCUAAUUUGUCGAAUCAUACCAAAUUUGCUACCUCAGUUUUCCUUUUUUUUUUUUGAUUUUUUUCUUCUGAGAGAAGUUUAGUGAUACUCUUUGUAUAUAGAAUUGUAGCAACUUGAGUCAUCGAUAUGCCCUUGCGCAAUCUUGAGUAGAUUAGCCUUCCAAAAACGUGGAGUACUUUAAAAGUUAUUAGUUUUUCAGUCUAAUCAAAAAUGAUUUGGUCGCUUUUGAAUCUAAAUUGCUGUCGGCGAUUGGUGUAAUUAGACUGCUUCGCUGAUCUUCAGGGCUAUUAGUACACCCUAUAUAAAUUAGCGCCCGCCUUCAUUUUUUAAAGAAAAUACACCUUUUAUAAUUUUUACUGAUUUUGUUGCUUCGUUUAGGAUCAAAGUGUUUUACAUAUAUUCAGUGGUAACAGUUUAGUUGACUGUUUUUGGUAGUUAUAAUCGCCAUAUUUAUUUAAAAUUACUUGCAUGUUUUUUUAAACUCAAAGUACAUACGAAAUUAACAAAGAUAAGUGGAUUUCAUCAAACAGAUGAAGCUAUUUUUAACUACUAGGUAUGAGUAGAGCAUCAAUGUGGAAAACUUAAAACGUAGGUGUUGAGGAGCUCUACGUAAAUAAAGCACUUUUCGAUUGAGUACCGUUAAAAAGAAAAAAACAAAGUAAUCACAGCGACCAAUCAUAAGAAAAGGAAAUACCUGUAAGAGCCAAUAAGAAUCGAAAAGACCUGUAAGAGCCAAUAAGAAUCGAAAGUAAAAUCAAGUAAACUGCCUAAAGCGCGGGAAAACAUGGGCAACCAAGUCGAGGUUGGUGUUAGUUUUGCACCUGAUUGGUUGAGAUAUUGGCGCGAGUUUUUUUUGACCAGUCACAGAGCGAAGUAAGGCAAACCAAUGCAAUCUCGGAUUACUUUUGACGCUUAAUUGAAGAGUGCUCUAAGUUUGUAUCUCAUUGAUUGACGCGAAGGUGCAAGUUUUCUUAAUCAAUCAAAGAGCGAGGUGAGCAAACCGAUGUAAUCCUGCGAAAUUUAGAUCGCCCAUUUCAAAAUUGCCCUUAACUACGAAUGAAGAACAUCAACGGCUCAAACUCUUCGUUUAUAAAACGUAUCAUAAGUAAUGGAUGUUUGUGGUUUUGAUUCCGUGGAAACAGCCACUAGGCUACAGACAGUACAAUUCAACUGUGUUCGUCAAAAAGUAACGACAGCAGUUUGGCUCUGUUUAAAUUAACCACUUUUUUUUCAAAUGCGCUUAGUUGGAACAAGUUUUACUACCAUUUUAUCAAGUUUUGUUUUUUCCUCAUGAACGUUUCUUAAUUUAAAGUGUAUCUAAAGCACUGAAAAAUUGCAACUAUCAAUUGAAGCCGUUAAAGGUCAUUGCCACGAUUGAUUCAGCGAUGGAGGAGGUUGGACGAGGAUGAUUAAAGCACACACUAGCUAACUGCUUUCUACCCUAGGAGCUAAAUUAAGAAAUACGGAAUUUUCUUUGACGCUACGCGGUUCUACAGACAACUGAUCGUUUCAUUUCAUUCUUGCUGUGUAGAUAUUGAUAGUGUUGCGUCUAAAAUGAAUCUUAACAAAAACCUAACUAUCUAUUUCUAAAAAUAAAAGAUGUCAACAAAGUAGAAGGCUAAAUCAGGAUGCUGUGGGUGGUCAAGUGUGAGCAUACGCCAAAGAUAUGUCAGCUUGCGGCUCAUUCUCCUCAUUUCAAUCCCUUUUAUGCAUCGAACCAAAGAACACACAGAGUCGACCUGAGGAUUGAACAGCAUUUUUGACUUAAGGGGGGAGUUUGGUUUAAUGCAUUUUGAUUGAAACAGGACUCCACUGGCAUGUGAUCUUAAGAAGGGAAACGUAAAGAAGUUUCUAGGAUAUUUAGAAUAUUUGAGAAAGGAAAAUGGAGAAAGACAAUGCUGAAAGUAGAUACUGGAAAAAGCGAAAGGUGAUCAAGAUCUUAACCUUCCAACUCCAAUGAGUGACCAAGACAGAAUUUCUCCUUACAAUAUCAUUGCAACAUCAUGUAGACAAGUGAUGAGAAUAAAGAAAAAUAUCGCAAGGGGAUUAUUGUUUGAUCCAAGACCAAAUUCUCCAAACUAACAGCACGAAAAUUGUAUGGCAGACAUUAUGGAGAAUUACGAUUGAGAUCUGGAAGUUUAAGGGUUAAAUUAAAUGGACUAGGACCAGUCAAAACAAAGUCUAUUCAACUUACAUCCUUUGUUAUGUUUUCAGCAACAUUUGCCACACUUCCUCUGUGGGUUUUUAUUUCUCUGAAGUAAAAUCUCCGAACACACUUAGAGUGAAUCUAAUUUCUCAUAUUUGUAGGUUGAACUUGAAAUAAAACUUGACGAAAUAGUCGUUUGAAAAAAAGAAGGGAUUUUUAUUGAUAGAAAAAAUACCAUACAUUCACAGACUUGUUGAUAACGUACAGUAUCCAAUGGAGAGAGAAACUUCCUUGGUAUUUAAUUACAAAAGAUAAAAUAAAGAAGCAAAGUUAAUGAAAACCACCCAUGGACGAAUUUUUUGAAGCUGCUGAACAUAUGUUGGAACCAUUGGUAGAACUUGCCAGACUUCGCUUUUAAGAAUUGUUGACUCUGAAAUGCUUCAGUACUUCGUCCAAAAUUAACGAAUAACACGAAAUGGUUUGGAUAUUGUAACAUUUCUUACGCUCGUAAAGGACACAAAGAUAGAACAUGCGCGCGCACAGGUAGUCUUGGUUGUCCGAUUAAAUACAACGUUAGGCUAUAGGCCUGAAAUAGUAUUGAAGAUUUCGAAUGUUUGAGCUUUAGAAGAACGCACCUGGAACGAUAGGAACGUAUUUUUAUUCUUUAUGUUACCACAUAACUGCAUAAACCUAGAUAUCUUGGUCACGAACAGAUUCACGUGUGCUUUAGGGUAGAACUUAUGUAACGGUCACGAGAUAUCACGGGAAGUCGUAUAACUUUCCUUAGUCAUGCACAGCUAUAGGUUAAUAAAAAGCUUACAACGCUAUUUACUAACAAAAACAGAAGGAAAACAAAACGAAAUCAACCAGUAAGCCAUGUUAGGAGGUGGUAUUUUGUCGUUGUAUCACACAAAAUCAAAAUUUUCCCUUUAUAUGAUAUAACUGAGUGCUAUACCACUUACCUCUCCAUCGUGUAACUUUCUUCUGUACUUAUCUUAGACAAUAUUUUGACUUGCUUUUUAUUUUUAAAUCUUCCGCGACUCAGAUAAGAAUAAUUUUCCUGCAACGACGACGUCGAAAACAAUUUUCUUUAUCAUGAAAAAUCAUUCUUCAACAGCUUGCUUAAACCUAUUGACAAAACUGUAUAUUUUUAAUGAAAGCUUAAUGACUUCAAAAGAACAGCCAUACUUGGAAUAACAUGAACAUCUGAUAAAGUCAUUUUGCCCGUUUUAAAGCCAAUCUUUCAGUACCUAAAGCUUGAUGAUAUCCCCUCCCACUGUUCUCCACACUUUGCUGGCUGUUUUCCAGUAGCGGCGGCAACGGAGAGGGGACUCCCUAAAUUGGCCUUCACACUUUGAACUCUUCCAUCAGUAUUUAUAUUAUCCAUACUAUUCCUUAUACAUUACCCAGGGCGCGGACAAGGUUACUUUGUAAUUUCUUUCUUAGUUGGCGAUAAUUUCCUUAAUUCUCGUGAUCUAAAUGUUUGAUUCGGUGAUAAAUUAGAUGCUUCUCAUUCUCCGGGACUUAAGUGUUGAUGGGUUUUGCCGCCUUGAGUUUUAGAUACGAUUUAGCCAUUUUUUUUGUUUUGAAAAGGUUAUCUUUAAGGACCGAAAGCGUCCAAGAAAGUUUGAGUGGUGACAAUGUGAGCUUUACUUGUGUGUUCCUAACAGUUCUUUUCUACAGCGAACUGUUAUUGUUCUGUCUGAUGUUAGAUGUGGAUCUACGAGGUCAAUCUACACAUUUUGCCUUAGAUCGUGCUUUCUCGGGGCUGAAUGAUAUCACGCUAUACCUUUUUAAAGGCUUAGCGAGACACCCUAACUACCCAUCCUUCCCCACCUCUAAGUUGAAAGAUUCCCAUCAGGUGGCCAGGUUCAACAUUGACCCGAGAAGCCGUUAGUAUGCAUGAGCUUUAGUUAUGCAAAUUGCAUCGUAGGAAAAGAAUAGCUUUUUGUAUCACGAUAAGUUACGAAAUGAAAAUGGUUUGGCCUUGAGCCUGUUGAGCUCCAUGCAGGGUGUAGUCUGGACAACAUAAGUAAAAACUAGCAAAAAUACAAGAUACGUAGCAGGGAAGUCCUUGCCUAAGGACUGUUGAAGCGUCCAUUGUAUGGCGAAGUUGAGAGAAUGCAGAUUAGGAAUAUAUUCUUUCGAAAGUGAUUGCAACUCUUGUGGUGUUGCUGUUCUCCAUAUCGACGGGAAGCUGUACUGUAACAGUUAAAAAAUUGUAAUUCAACAACAAUCCCGCUGAGAACAAUGAUCAAAAGUCAUCCCAGGAUGUUGUUUCAUAUCGCAUAACCUUCCGGCUAAAAACAUGAAAUACGCAUCCCGCAAUAAUUCACGUGCCUCGAGCAAUUUGCCAAUCACCUGUCACGAGAUGUCUCGUGAAUAGAAAAAGCCCACCAAGGCUAAGACAAAGAACAGAAUUGCGAGAGCAACUCCUCUGCCGCACCCACAUCAAUUGUAUUGACGAUAAACAAACAACAGUCCAACAUCUAAAGGUAACCUAUGUCAACCACCUGAGCGAUUCUUAAUUGUUGAUCCUACCGAAGUUCAUGAGAUAAAGAAUUGGCCAAAAAACAAAAACAAAAACAAAAACAAAUCAAGCUGUGUACAGAGAGAAAGUCAAACUUGAGAAAUUGUGCAUUAUCUGUGUGGAUUUGGGGAUUAAAGGCGGAGAAAAAAGCGCAAAUCACAAGAGAGUGUAGAAAACAGGUCCUAUGUAAAGGACGAACUAUCCGCAACAAUGGAAAACAAGGUGAGAUUGUGGUAACUGAGUUUGAAAUGAUGAAAUUUUUAGCUACGUAAUUACCUCAAGUACUUCUAAGUAGUUUGUUUUCACAUCGUAAAUGCCAUAGAGUUACCAAGGUCACUGGAAUGUUCCCCUGUUAACUGUCACUGUAUCGUAACAGUAGAAUGUUUGUGGGACUUAACUAGAUAAUAUCUAUCUACUUCAAAGUAACAAAAUUUGUUACAGGAGAGAUUUUUGAGAAUUCAGGAAACAAUCAGUAACAAAACGCUCAUCUUUCCUUCAUAUCGUCAUUGCCUUUUUGCGAAAAAAUAGUAAAAGAGGUAAUACCAAUAACAAAUUGUGAUGUGAUUUGAGCAAGUUCUUUAAAUUCUAUUUGGCAUUCUUUUAAGGACUUUGUUAAGAGAAAUAAAAGUACACUCUGCUUCAAAUCGAGCUCAAACCAUCUUGUGACGUCGCAAUCGUUGAUCAAAAUUUAGCUAUAAGGCAAAAGACAUGGCAGAUCUCUAUGUGUUUUCUUUGAUGAUCAUAUUUGAGCCAAUAACGGACAGCGUGGGCAAGGUUAAAGAUUUGGCGACUGGAUAGAUCCACCUGUAAUCGUUACAAAUUCUUUACUGAAUCUCUAGACUUCAGUCCGGUUUGACUUGCUAAGGCCUAUCCAACUGUAGAAGUUUCUUUACCUUGGGAAUCUUGAUUGACAUAUUUGAGUCUCCGCCCACUCGGCCCAAGUCGAACGAAUUGAAUUUCAGAUGAAAGAUGUAUGUAACAUCGAGACGGAGAAACUUAUCAAAUUAUAAAGCUUCGUGGAAGUAUUUGCGAAUUUUUCUAGGUUCGUGAUUUACAAUCAAUGUUCAUUUUCUCCAUUCUCGACCAAAGUUGUUUCUUAUUUUCAAGUUUCCUUUUUCAAAACGACUUAAAACAUUUUACACUUACGUUUUCAUCGUGAUUUUAUUAUUUCUUUCCUGUUCAUUGCAACUAUUGGAGAAAGAGUUGUAGCUGCUAAAACGCACAAAAUUGGAGCUGCUGUAACUUAAACCUUUGAAAUUAUUGAUAAAUUUUUUUUUUGUGUCAUCUGAAAAUAUGACUCGCCAGUUUCCGAAGGCAAAUCUUAGUGUUCAAUUCAGUGGAAUGCUAAUUCAUUUGUAUCGGUUUUUCCAAGGGUUUCCUUCAUUAUUUUCCUUUUUUUUCUUGUUAAGAUUUUUGAAAUUUUUGUGGAGAGUGUUUAGUAAGAUUAUACAUUUUGCAACACUGUUGACACAUGCUGUGCAAUAGGUUUAGUUUUCUGGGCCUGUAAAGAGACACUUGUCAGAAAGAACCAACCCGUCAUCCAUAGUCUUAACACGUCAAAUUAUCAUUGACAGAAACGGUUCCCAAAUUGCUCGUUUGUCUCAAUACCGUUUGGGUUUGUCUGCACGCGAUCUCUCAUCUAAAAAUAGUUCUACAUUAUCUGAUUUUCCUCUUUUUCGUUUUAACCUAAAUAUGACGGCGAUCCAUUGACAAGAAUGUUUGAAACACUUUGAGAAAGAUUUUAUGCUUUAUUGAGAUUUUUCUCGCUCUAACUGAAAUUGACAAUUUGCCAGGAAAACUCAAUUCGAACACAGGGGAGCUUUCUUCAUGACCUGUCCAAACCUCCAACAUAGCUGACAGUUCUAUUAUUAACACUUUUACCGAAGUCAUUUCCCGCACGCGAGGAUUUUUAACUCUCCACUGACAUGACUCACUUUGUUGUAGCUUUAUCUACUAUACAGACCAUUAGAAAAAACCAUAACAUAAUAAUAAGUGCUGUUCAGUUGCUCUCUUUUAUGGACUUUAACAUUGUAUAAAUUUCACAGAAUAAAAUACAGAAAAAGAACCACCACAUUUAACACCAUAACGAAGUCUUAAAACCCUUACACUCCUUGAGCAGACCCAGUCUGGGCUAUGAAAGAUCUCUGAAUGAAAACAUUUCUCUGUAAAUGCUAUUGACGCGCGAAUGUUUCAUCGAAAGACAUGCUAAAUUCAUUGGAAGUAUGAAUCGCUUAACAGAGACAGCUAAAUUAGUAGUUAAAUAUCAUUGAAUGGUCUUGUAAUCCGCUGGGAUAACCCAUCUUAAUUACAUUACAUGUCAACUUGAGGAACGAAUUUCGCAUGUGUGUAUUAAUUAACUUUUUCCACUGUAUAACACCCUAUUUGGAUGAAAACUGAAAGAUAUUUAACAGAAUUCGUCUCGUCGUGCGUUACAGUAUUAAUAAUUGCUGGUAGAAAAAAAAACUAUCACAAUUAGCAUAUCCUGUUGACAAGUACAGUCCUUCAACUAGAUUUGAAAAUGUCAUCGAUGCAGUGAUUGAAAACUAAUACUGAUACAUGUCUUAUUAUCCGAAAGUUACGGAAGCUCCUUGCUGAGGUUCUUCCAGCUAAAAAAAUGUUUAGAAAAUCCGCUCAAUAUUUACUGACAACACAGCGUUACAACAAAGUACUGUUUCCGAUCCUAAGCUACAUAAAAGAACAAAGUAUCUUUGUUUCUAUAGUAAUAUGUCUAAAAGGAAUUGGGAUUAAUUUUUUUUUUGAAGUGAUGUCUGUUCGUCUUUCUCUACUAAGUUAUCAGUUGUUUAUUUUUUUUUAUAACAGAUUAAAUAUGACCUAGAAUCACCUUUACAAAUGCCACGUGUAUAAUGAUAGUGAUGAUAGUCACAAAUGGUGUCAUAAGCCUACAUUGCUUAAAUUACUUGUGCAGAACGUACGAGAAAUCUCAAAAGUCGAGACACAGGAAAGAGAAAGUCAUAUUACAGAGCGAGUGCAUUUUUUCGUUAUUACGUUCCAUCUGUUUGCUUAAAGUGGACGUUGUUUUAAUUAAGUCACAAGAAAUGUCACGUUCAUGUCAUCUGAACGAUGUUAAGAUUGUACUAGAGGGAAAAGGAUAGGUAACGUGAUCUUUUGGGGGAACUGGUUCGCUUUCGAUUUGAUAAGAGUUCGAAGGCUGCACGUGAACAAAGGUACGGAAUGUUCGUUCAGAACCUUUUGAGAUUUUGUUUUGGAUACAAAGAGAAGCGAAUAGACUGAUUUCUGUGCCUCAGAUUUGUCCUGAAAUUACAAUCGAGAAAUUUUUACCUCUGUAGCAAUGACAACAGCAUUUCGAUAUGGUGAAAAUAUUUCAAGAUUGUUACAUCUCGGUAAUCUUAUCAGAAACUAUCAGAAAUGUUAUGAAAAAACGAGAGAAAUUGCAAAUUCUUGAGAUCAAUGAUAUUGGCAUAAGUAUUUGUAGUUUUGGAUUAUGAAACCAAGCAGACGAUGAAGAUAAUAUUUGUUGAGGAAACUUCCUCCGGCCCAGCUCUGCGAGACAACGAACGAAUGAUGUUCGCAUCACUUUUUCUGUCUUUCACGUCUUUUCAACCAAAUGUUGACUAAAUUAAUAUAACUAUAGGAACUUUAAUUUCUUCCGUUAUCAGUUGAGGAAAGGACAGAAGUUUGAUGCAUUUUUAUGGAGGAGUUACAAACGCCUAGGCUGCAUAUUUAAAUGCGUGGCCUAUACUCCCACCGAAGAAAGUACGUCAACUGAUUUUCAACCGAUAACUGUACCUCGAAAGUUCAUCGAUAAUUUUCUCAUGCCACAGUACUGUACUCAUUUCUCAUUCAAUCUGUCAAUUUUCCAAAGUCAACUACUUGUGAAACAUUUUAAACUGAGGAGAUUGAUAAAAUAGCGGGACCCAUAAGUUGUUAAGUAUCACAUAACCGCCAGAAAAAUGAAAUUUACAUCAUGAAAUGAUUACGAACAUUCCGUUUUGCCCGAUUUAACUGACGGGUUUGAAUUCAUGAUGCGUAGUUGGAAUAACUAGGAGAAAGUCUCGGAAAGAUAAGCGAAUUGCGAGGGUAAAUCUUAGACGCACCCAAGUCACACCCACAGGCGAUUAACAGCAGGAACCCUAAAUCAAAAGAGUGACAAGUUUCUGUCCACUGUGAUAAAUCACUAGACGCCAGGCUGUUCUGUUUCACGCAAAAGUGAACCGCAUUUAUUUCAAGUAACCCUGUGGCUGAUAUCUUGAACCUGGGUGAAGAUAGGGGUCAGCAUCCCAAACAUCCGUAAUUUUGUUUACCCUAACUCAUUGUCGGAAUAACAACCAAGUAAUAUCACGGAAAAUGCGAAAGAUAACGAAGAUAUAAAUAAUUUUACCGACGAGGUUGGGGCAGUUUAUAAAAUCAGGUUUACAUGUACAUAAAUGACCGUCGUGGUGUCCACAAUCAUGGCGAACGAUUUCCAGGUGAGAGUGAUUUAAUCGCUUUCUUGUAAGCUCAUUACAUGUCAUUCAGUUUACAAGUACUUGUAAGAGCUUUGUUGUCUCUGCCAACUGAAUUAUGAUGUAUGGAUCAAGGAAUAUUUGUGUAAAAGUUCAUAUGCUCUAACUGCACUCUGGUCAAAAAUUUGCAAAUAAGUACCGUGUCCUUUGCAGAUCGUUUUCCACCUUUCUUGUUGAAGCGGAGUUAAUAUCAUUCCUUUCUUUCUUUCUGAAUUAUCAUCAACUUCUUACUGUAUUUCCAAAAGUCAAAAUGAUCGCAUAAAUACACUCUUAUUCUACGAUUGCGGAAACAGAUGAACUAAGAAUAAACGCCGGAAAACGAUGUUAAUAAGCUGUUUUCAUUAGAGCAAACUGAACUAUGGCCAAUUUAUCAGCCGAAGAUUAUCAAAGCUUGUGCAAUAACAUAAAAUUGGACGAUGAUCAAUACAAAAAAAAAAGGAAGACUACGUCAAAUUAAUUGUUUUUAAGGUACAUUAAUUGUAUUUUUGGUUCUUAUGACGUUACUCUUACACUCCUGUGCGAUCUCAAAUCCGUGCGAUACAACCAUGGAGGUCAUGCAUUUGCUCCGUUGGAAAUUGUAGAAGAGGACAAAUUGGAUUUUAGAAAUGAGAAGUGCUUUCACUUUUAUUUAACUACAGUCUAAUCUUCGUGUGAAGCAUAUGGAUCGAUGAUGUUUACAUUAGGUCUCCUCUUUAGUUUAGAUAGAUUCUAUUUAGAGCCGAUCAUUGUUUCGAGCAAGCAUCGACUGUAGUUCCCAGUGAAAAGAAAAAUGGAUUGCAGCACAAAGGCUAUAAGCAGAUUAGUUCGCGGUUUGCAUCCCACAGAGUCACAAUCUGGAAAAUUCUCUGUGAAAGGUGAAAUGUUGGAAUGAACUUAUAAAGCGUUCCUGUAAUUAGAAGUAAAACGAUGAGGUCGAUUGUUUUUUGUUUUAUUAUUGGAUAGGGUCUGACCUCAACGAUUUACUGUUAAAAUGGUAUCACAUGCAGAUGGCUUAUUUCACAAAGUUGACUAACAUUUCCAAAGAUCUAUAUUAAUUCUUAAAUAGAAAUUAAAUGUUUCUCCUUUACUUUCUUCCUUUCUAAGGGAACCUUUUAGAUUUCACUUUAGUUUACUCAAUUCUCAUGGAGGUCUUUUUAUAUAUUCCAAGAAGGAAUCUCAUCUCUUUAACACUUUAUUAAUAAAAGGUUAUUUGCAGAUCCUCUAAACUUAUGAUUAUUUACCAAGAAUCUGAUCAUUCUUUAACUAUUUAUUGCCCAUGAAAUGGUAAGGGACUGUCUUGUAAACGGAGCAGUUCAUGUGCCCUUUACAGUACAUGAUUGCAUAAUAUUUUCGCCAGCUUCCAGACGCUGAUGAAGAGCUAGGUGCUCGGGUGCAUUUCUCGAAACUUUUUCUACAACGGGACAAUGCAAAAUGACUGUAGCCUGACACGGCAAAUUUCUUUGUCCAUGCUUUAAGUCAAUAAAGUCAAAUCGGAGCAUGCUAAAAUAUCUCCUCUGCAGUGUAAUAGUGAUCCACACCUUAAUUAAGUCUUGGUGCUGUAUUAAUCUCCGGAAAAAGUUAUUUUCGUUGCUAUUACUUUCAUAUUGUUUAUCUUUAGGCUUAAGAAACUGUAGGUGCCUCUUCAUCUCUCUUAAUUUACAAUUAGUAAGCUGUGCCAAAAUCAACUGAAGUAUCUUCUCCAAAUGGCAUGCCAACAUUCUGCUCACGACAGCUUUGAUCGCCUUAAUUCGGAACAAUGCUUGUUCGCUUUUAUGCGUUUUCUCACGUAUUAGGGGACCUCCCUAACCGCUCCUUUACCGACAUAAGCCCACAAUAUGUCGUCUUGCUGCGUCAGUGUUUCCUCAUCCUCAAGUAACAAGGAGCUCGAGGCGUCUUUCGUUUUUAGUCAAGUCUUGCACGCGUAGGGAAAGUUUACUUCAAGUAAACUUUUCGGCAGGCUUAACUUGGACUUCUACAAUGGUUCUGGUGCUCAACUUCACAUCUCAGGGUCAAAAGGUACAAGAACUUAGUGAAGUGUAAGUGAAUGAGGAAGUUUUUUCCUGUGAGCACUGAAAAGUUACCUCAAAUCAACAAUUUAUUAACAACAGAUUUCAUGCAGUAGAUAUACAAGCUAUAAGUUGAGCAAAUUAGUAGGCCAUUUUGCGCAUGGUGACCACGGAAUAUCUAGUAGAUUUCUACUUUAGGAAAACGGGAAAAAGAUGAAGGGAAACCUCUCACGCGGAUUCACGAAUUUCCUGUAAUUAUUGCCCAUCGUACCGACAAAAUUGUGAAAGUUUGUUGAAGAUCCUGAACAUGAACAUUUAACUUUCUCACCAUUACGUACUCUAUUAUGAUGCCAAAACCACGUAAGAAUUGGUCUCAGUAAGAUGCAUUUGGAAGUGGUUUAAAACUCGUUUUUUAUUUUUGUUAUCUCUGCUUUUAUUCCCCUAAAACAACUAAACUUUGAAUCGGCCUUCUAGACCUUUUCACACAGGAGUUGUUAUUCUUGUCUACAAACUGCGAUUAAUGAUGAUUUUAUCGCAACUGAAAUUAUUGGGCAAAUCUUGCACCGGAAUUUCAGUGUUAUCGGUCAGAGAUUUCCGCGGUGGACAUCAGUAUUCGUGCCCAACAAGGAAAUAAACUACGAACCUUAGAUUGACGUGAUCUUUCUUGUCAAAUAGAGACCUCCGUGUCUUAAUAAGAUUGCAUACCUGUAUGAGUUCUCUACGGUUUUAAAUCUAUCACUAAAAAUAUUUUGACAUCAGCUGGAGAUCUGUCUUCAAUAGCUUAUGGGCAGGUAGAGCACCUUUAAAAGUAAAUAAAACAAGCUGUGCGUUUCCUGAUACCGCAGCAAUGUAAAACCUUUCUAAAAUUAACGAGGACACCGGUGUUCGUCACUUUGGCCGCAACGAUGAGAAUUUAUUUCGCAUCUUACAAAUUUUUUUUUUUAUGGAUACAGCCACAAUCUAUGGACGUUACUCGAAGAUCAAUAAUUUUUUAUUAAAAUGCUGCCUUUUUCUGGGUGGUGAAAAGUAAACGUCGAUAUGACAGUGCAUUAGUGAUGUUCUAUUUUGAGGUUUAGUCACAAAUUUGGAUUAUGUAACUUACCGCCACGCUCGGUGUAAUAAUAUAUAGAAUCGAUUAAGAAGACGUGUUUUCGUUGCUUGUUAAGACUGUUUAUCUAAAGCUGUUCUGUUUAUUUGCUUUGUCAUACUCUAUAUAUCGUUAGAAAUUCCUUGCGUAGAUGCACAUUGGUGGUCUAUAACAAACCGCCUACAUCACCAUAAUCGAGUUGAUCGAUCUCUUAGCAUCACUCACAUUCCUUCCUUUAUUUGUAGCUAUGGCCGUUUUUGACAAUAGGCCUGAUUAUGGUGACAUUUGAAUCAGCCGGUGGCGCAACUGUGUUUUCCCUUCCCAAAAAAACUCCCGACAAAGACUGCCAGCCCGUCAAACGUGAUUUACUCAGACAGCGGCUCGGCACCGCUUACAAUGAUCGAUACAUGGCUAUGGACUCCACGGAUCUUCAAAACCACUUACCACCACAAAAUCAAUAUCACGUGACCAAACGUAACAUUACCAAAAGAUCCAAUUCACUCACCGUGGAGGAGAUAACUGACCCAGCCCCCUGGACGUGCCAGACGCGUAAAGUUUGGAAAAACUUGGGCCCAAAAUAUUUCCCUCGUCACGUGAGGUCAGUCACGUGUUCAACUGAUAAGUGUUGGUUCGAUCACUUCAGAUGUCGGCCGAAGAAUUACACAAUCAAAGUACUGAAGAAGAAGGAAGGCCAGUGUUUACGGGUGAUCUCCAGCACAGGGACACCAAGAUUCGAGGACUUUUGGGAGUUGCAUGACUAUAGAAUUACUGUGGGCUGCGAGUGUGGACAUUGAUGAUAACGUUCUGUUGUAGAUAAUUAAU